AUGGCGUUUUUUGAGCAGAUUCAUGUAAUUGUAUUCCUAACACUACUACAGAUAUUUGCAGCUAAAGGCAAGAACCUGAUUAUUGCACUGGCCUUUUCACUGACCAUCCAAGGACCCGCCGGAAAUAUCCUGGAGAAUUACAAGCGGGUGUUGGAAGCAACCUCGUGUGGGUUGCAGUUGGCUGUGAAUCAGACCUUAGAAGUUGUUCAGGAGAUGAAAGCGCCUGUGAUGAGGGCUUUGGACAAGAUCAGGUCCAUUGCUGGUAACUUUAAAAAUGUCUCCAACUGGUCACAAGGCUUCCUUACUGCCCUACAGGAGGGCAUGAGACUUAGGGAACCCGAGCAAGAAUUGUUCGAUACGGCCAAGCAGACUUGUACCGAUAAUGCCGGGUUGUUUGGCUUCGUCUGCGGCAUUAUAGACACAUUUCGGCCCCUGUGUGCACUGGCUGGAGUUCCGUGCAUGGGCCCCGACUUUGUUCAGACUCACGUCAGUCGACUGAAGGACAAAGAAAAUUCCCAUCUCUGCACUUUCCUUACAGCUGCCGAUUCCAUCCUUAACAAGUUCAAGGAUCACUUUCUGUUUAAUAUCACUGUCAUCCACGACUUUGAUAUCAAUGCCAGCGCCACCGACGUGAUCAACGUGGCAGAGAAGAUUAUGGACGAGGUGAACGCCAGUAUAGACCCUUACCUGGAGAUUUUUGGACUGGCCCAGUAUUUUGUGCUCUUCUUCUGCCUUUACUCCUUCAUUCGGGCGGCGCUAUAUCGCAGGAAUUACCUGCUCAAUGACAAGCACGACAAUUUCUACAUCACUAAGAACUUUAUGAAGCUGAAUGAGCUGAGAGUGAAGACUGGUGCUCCCUCUCUGUUACCCCUGAACAUGAAGGAGCAAUCUCUCUACGUCUCACCUGUUUCCCUGAAGAUGACGUCAAUUGAGAAGAAGAUGUUGAAAGGUUUCUUGGCGAUUGUGCCGUACAUGAUAGGCUCUAUCUUCAUCAUUGUGACAGAUUUCAGAGCCUACUUUUUGCUAGGGAAGGCACAUGAACAGCAAUAUAACGGUGACAGAGACUCCAGUGAUGAGGAGCAGGUCGAGCUGUGGCUGGAGGAAAGAGGCAGGAGUAAGAGGUUCAGGAAAGUGCAAAACACUGAGGAAGAUGAGGACUCGGACUCCUCCAUGGAAUUAAGUGAUGCCGACUAUGAGUACCAGGAGCAAUCCCCAUCAAGUGACAGCUCAGACGAGGAGACUCUAGAUGAAGCAUUUUCCAAGUUGACGAAGAUGAAGAAAAAAGGCAUCCCAAGGAAAUUGUAUCAGAGGCGCUGAGCUAUAGCAAGACUAGGGGACAAUAAAGGAAGGGACUGAUCCCAAUGGGCAGAACUCAUUCUCCUUGGAUUUAGAAAAAUGCCCAACUGCAGAGAAGAAACGCAAUGUUUUGUACAGAAACGAGU